UGCAUUUUUCUGCAAGCAGAAAAAGAAAAAAGAAAAAAUCAGAGCAAAAAAUGCUGUUUUCUCUGCCUGCUUUUGGAUUUUCAAAGACUUUCGAACGCCUUCCAUCUCUGAAAAUUUUAAGGGUUCCGGAAUCCGCUUUAGAAAUUGAGAUUUCCAGAAUCUCCAACCAUUUCCGUGAUUUUUCUAGAGUUUUAAGUCGUUUUGCACCUGAUGAUUUUCGAGAUUUUUUCAGAAAUUUCAAAUGGCUUGCUAGGGUUUGAGAAGUAGAGACCUUAAAAUCUGUUGGAGUUUGAUUAGAUUUCUUUUUACUGGAUUUUUGAGGUGUUCUUGAGGUUGUAGAAAUCGACUUGCCAAAGGAGAUUUUCGAAGAUUUUUUUUCGUGGUUCCGAGGGUUUCUAGGGUUUAAGGUCAAGUUCUCGAACUAAAUCAGUUGAAGAGAAUGAGGAUUUAGACAAUGAAGAAUUCUGCAGCUUGUGAUGAUUAAUUCAAGAUCGAAGAGUAGAAAUGUCAAUAGUUCUUCGAUCAACUCGAAGGUUAAAAAUGUUGGAAAAAGAAGCAUUCAGGUUAGGCAAAAGGUUGAAUUAUUGGAUUGUUUCUGUCAUUUGAACUCCAGAGGCUACAGAUUUUUCAGCCUUCUUUUUCUUCAAUGUCGAAGAAUAUUGGUAUUUUUCGAUUUUUAUUUAUUUAUCUUUGAAUUGGGCGUUGAUGAUUGAGGGAUAAAGAGAUGGACUCUACUCUAGCUUUAUCAAGCAAAGGUCCCCGCCAUUUAAUCGAAUAGAUAAGUGGAAGUGGGGACCUUGAAAAAGCUCAAUGGCCCAUUUGGAAAGAAAAGAAAGGGGCCAUUUUUUCUUUGCCUAUAUAUAUCAUGGCUUCUGCUGGAAUGCCUUCAGAACUGCAAAGCUCUUGGGAGAAAAUGCCUGAAGAGCCAACCAUGAACUCCCAAGUUCAGCCUUCGCUCCAGGCAACACGACCAUUUCCCGUUGAUUUCAAGUUUAUUGGAUUACCCAGUUCUCAUCCAGGGGAGAAGUCCGAAUCCAGCAAUGUAGACAAUGAUGAGAUGAUAGUUUCUUCUGAUCUUCAUGGGGAAGAUGAUUUAGAGGCUGUGGAUGUUAGCAAAAUAGAUCAGUUGAAUGAAGAUUCGCCCUAUAGUAGGACAACCAUCUCUCUUGAAGAGAGGCCUUCAGGAGAUGAUGGAGAUUUGGAUUCUGUCGCUUCCCCAUUGCCCUUAUUCUCGCCAUCACGUACUGAACGCAGGUGGAGUGACACUACCUCUUAUGGUGCGAAGAAGAAGCUUCAAGCUUGGUAUGAACUUCCAAAUCACAACUGGGUGUUGGGAAAGAUUCUUUCAACUUCAGGGGCAGAGUCUAUUAUUUCAAUUCUUGGAGGGAAAGUUUUGAAGGUGGAUUCUGAAAGUUUAUUACCUGCAAAUCCUGACAUCCUUGACGGUGUAGAUGAUCUGAUGCAGCUUAGUUAUUUAAACGAACCAUCAAUAUUGUACAAUCUUCAGUUCAGAUACUUUCAGGAUAUGAUCUAUACUAAAGCAGGUCCAGUGUUGGUUGCCAUCAACCCCUUUAAGGAAGUCCCUUUGUAUGGAAAUGAUUAUAUUGAAGGCUAUAGGUGUAAAUCAAUGGAGAGUCCACAUGUGUAUGCCAUAACAGAUACAGCCAUCCGUGAAAUGAUAAGGGAUGAAGUCAAUCAGUCUAUCAUUAUAAGUGGUGAAAGUGGGGCAGGAAAAACUGAAACAGCAAAAAUUGCAAUGCAAUAUUUGGCAGCACUUGGAGGGGGCAGUGGAAUAGAGUACGAAAUAUUGAAGACUAAUCCAAUAUUGGAAGCAUUUGGCAACGCAAAAACAUCAAAAAAUGACAACUCCAGUCGUUUUGGCAAGCUUAUUGAAAUUCAUUUCAGUGUAACGGGAAAAAUUUCUGGUGCAAAGAUCCAAACUUCUCUACUUGAGAAGUCAAGAGUGGUCCAAUGUGCUGAGGGCGAACGAUCAUAUCAUAUAUUUUAUCAGCUCUGUGCCGGCGCUUCUCCUGCUCUUAGAGAGAAAUUAUAUUUGAAGAGCGCGCAAGAGUACAAAUAUCUGAAACAGAGCAGUUGCUUUUCAAUUGACGGGGUUGAUGAUGCCAAAAUGUUUCAUAUUGUGAUGGAAGCUUUGGAUAUUGUCCAUGUCAGCAAAGACGAUCAGGAUUAUGCAUUUGCAAUGCUUGCUGCAGUUCUGUGGAUGGGUAACAUCUCCUUUACCGUGAUUGAUACUGAAAACCAUGUUGAAGUUGUGGUCGAUGAAGGUGUAAACAAUGUUGCUAAAUUGAUCGGAUGCAGCACUGGGGAGCUAAAGUUGGCUUUGUCAAGUCGUAAAAUGAAAGUUGGCAGUGAUAAUAUUGUCCAAAAGCUUACGCUAUCACAGGCCAUUGACACAAGAGAUGCAUUGGCCAAAUCACUCUAUGCUUGUUUGUUCGAGUGGCUGGUAGAACAGAUCAACAAGUCACUGGAAGUAGGAAAGCGUCGUACAGGCAGAUCCAUCAGUAUUCUUGAUAUUUAUGGGUUCGAAUCUUUUGAUAAGAAUAGUUUCGAACAGUUCUGCAUAAAUUAUGCGAAUGAGAGGCUGCAACAACACUUUAAUCGCCAUUUAUUCAAGUUGGAACAGGAGGAAUAUAUUCAAGAUGGCAUAGACUGGAGGAAAGUUAAUUUUGAAGACAACCAACAUUGCCUAAAUCUUUUUGAGAAAAAGCCAUUAGGGUUAUUGUCUUUGUUGGAUGAGGAAUCUACUUUCCCAAAUGGUACGGACAUGACAUUUGCCAACAAGCUUAAGCAGCACCUGAAUUCCAAUUCAUGCUUUAGAGGAGAAAGAGGCAGAGCAUUCAGCGUCUGUCAUUAUGCAGGGGAGGUUACGUAUGACACAAGUGGGUUUCUGGAGAAGAACAGAGAUCUCUUGCACUUGGAUUCGAUCCAACUUCUUUCUUCUUGCACAUGCCCCCUUCCUCGAAUAUUUGCAUCCAAUAUGCUAACUCAAUCUGAGAAGCCAGUGGGUCAUUUACAUGGUAGAUCCAGUGCGGUGGAUUCCCAAAAGCUAAGUGUUGUGACAAAGUUCAAGGGCCAACUAUUCCAAUUGAUGCAACAGUUGGAGAGCACAACGCCACACUUCAUACGUUGCAUUAAGCCAAACAACUUGCAGCUUCCUGGCAUCUAUGAGCAGGGACUUGUAUUGCAGCAGCUGAGAUGUUGUGGGGUCCUGGAGGUUGUUCGCAUAUCAAGGUCUGGGUAUCCUACUAGGAUGUCUCACCAAAAGUUUGCAAGAAGGUAUGGUUUUCUUCUAGUGAAUGCCGCAUCUCAAGAUCCACUCAGCGUCUCAGUUGCAAUUCUUCACCAGUUCAAUAUUCUUCCAGAUAUGUAUCAAGUUGGCUAUACAAAACUGUUUUUUCGAACUGGACAGAUUGGUGUGCUUGAAGAGACCAGAAACCGUACUCUCCAUGGCAUUUUAAGGAUACAGAGCUGUUUCAGAGGCCACAAGGCUCGCUGUUAUCUCAGGGAGCUUAGAAAAGGAAUUGCUACACUACAAUCAUUUGUUCGGGGUGAGAAAACCAGGCGGGAAUAUGCAAUCCAGAUACAGAAAUACAGAGCUGCCAUGGUUAUACAGAGGCUGAUGAAAUGCAGGAUCACCAGGAGAAGUUUUAUAAAUGUCCGUGAUGCAUCAAUAGUGAUACAAUCUGUUAUUCGUGGAUGGCUUGUCAGAAGAUACUCGGGAGAUUUGGGUUUACUCAAUGCUACCAUGAAGCUUCAAGGAGGGGAGGGAUCCGAGCCUGAUCAAAUUCUUGUGAAGCCGUCCGUGCUCCCAGAGUUACAGAGGAGAAUUCUAAAGGCUGAGGCGGCACUAAGAGCAAAAGAAGAAGAGAGCGGCACACUCUGCCAAAGACUCCAUCAGUAUGAGAGACGGUGGUCUGAGUACGAGCUGAAGAUGAAAUCCAUGGAAGAGGUGUGGCAGAAACAGAUGAGAUCCCUGCAGUCUAGCCUUGCCAUUGCCAAGAAAAGCCUUGCCGUCAAUGACGCAGAAAGGAAACCUGACACAUCAGUGCGCAGGGGUGACAGCAAGGACUUGACCUGGGACAUAAACAACAACUACAUCAGAAUCAAUAAUCCAGAACACAAUAGAACGAGGUCUCAAUCGCGGGACAUUGACAAGGAAAUAUGUGCAGAUCUGAGUGUCAUCAGCCACAUGGAGGAGGAGUUUGAGCAGCGGACUGAGGUUUUUGGAGAUGACGCCAAGUUCUUGGUGGAAGUGAAAUCGGGGCAGGCAGAGGCAGGCUUUAAUCCGGACCAAGAGCUGCGGAGGUUGAAGAAGAUGUUUGACACUUGGAAGAAGGAUUACAAUCUGCGUUUGCGUGAGACGAAGGUGAUUUUAAAGAAGCUGGGAAGUGAGGAAGGAAAUGCAGACAACGUAAGGAAGAAAUGGUGGGGAAGGAGGAAUAGCAGAAGGAUGUAACUAUCAGCCAUUAGCUAUGGUAACUCUCCUCUUUACUUCAGAUCUUAUAUAGGUUUGUAGUAUGAAAUGCGAAAAUUUAAUGGUUUUCGGAUCUAAAAACUGAUUUUGCAGUUUUCUGGUGCCGAGUGAGGAUUUAAAACCAAAUGGUUGGCAGUGUCAUGCAUCUCACUGGGUGGAUUGAGGCCAUUUGGAAGAGAGGUUUCACCCAAUUGCAGUUGGUGUAAUUCACCCAUCCAUUAUCACUAUUGCAGGAUGUUAGCACUUAAUCUAAAGCAGCAACUUUUUUCCAUUUCUAUAUAUCUAUAUUUCUAGAUGGCAUAUUGUGACCCUAAUGGGCAUAGGGAUUCCCAUCUAUGAUUGGUGGCCUCUUUUUUCAUUUAUCGAAUGAAAGAACAGAGAACU